AUGAGCCCGAUGCAGCUGGUGGCGGGGGAGGACCCGGUCGCAGAGGCUGAGCACUGGAGCAUCUUUGCAGACGUGUACGAGCGGGAGGUGCGCCACCAAGAGGAGCUGGCGGGCGGGCGCGAUCUGCAGCUCGACCAGCGGCGGCAAAUCCUCGCAGACAUCCUCGUGUGGGCCGAGGUCACGCAGACCCAAUAUGACGACGACACCGCGUCGUUUGUGACCGAGCCCCACGAGCAGGACCCCUCGUUCCAAAGGAUCGGGGACAUGCUCAAGGCAGCCAAGGCGCAGCGCGGGUUCUGCCGGUAG